UUGAUAGAGGGAGGUAUCAUAUGCAUUAAAACAAAAAUAGCUCAGACUGGCGACUAUCUAUUAUCUGCCAAGCCAUGAAUGGUGGAAACAGGUAAAUGACAAAAUUUAUCGCUCUGCCUUAUUCUAGUAAGAGAACUGCAUGCACACUAGACCUUCCCAAAGUCAUAUAAAAGGAAAAGAAAAAGACUUCAAGAGACAGCAUUUCCCUCCCAUGUUAGUGUUUCCACUUAUUCCUGUGACUCCCCCAUCUCUUCAACUCCAUCACCAUCGAUCCAUAUGGCUUCAUCGAUCGAAAAAUCUCAGUUCGGCUCUCGACGAAGAGAAGAAAUACCAGAUUUGAGUGCAAGAGACUAUUGGGGUGUGAGGUCUCAACCAAGCCGUGACAACACCAAGUCCAGCAGAAGGUUCUCAGCUUCCCAUAUCAGAAGUUUCAGAGAAGAGGCCAAUGCCAGGUCUUUCAGAUCAUCACACCUCACCGUUUCAAGCACUGCUUCCUCUCCAGGCUACCCUUUCAAAGAAGAAAUCGACCCAUCAACAUACUCAUUCACCACUGCUCUCAAAGCUCUGCAGACAAGGUCGGGACUCUGCAACAGCUGGGCAGGGGAGUGCUUAUCCCCAGACGGGUUUGCUCUGCACUCCAAGUGGAACGAAGCUGAGAAGUACAUAUGCAACCCUCUCUCAGGACAGGUGCCCAUGGAGUGUCUUUCAGCCAAGACACUGAGUGGGAGAUCAUUCUAUAACAAGAUUUCUUCUGUGUCUGCCCCUCUUGUUUACUCUUCUUCGUCUACCCAUCCGAGGCAAAUCCUGGUCAAGCCUGCUGCUGUUGAUGGAGCUUCCCAGGGUCAUCAGAACCACAAUCAUGUUACCUCACCGAUUCCAGAGAGAAAGACAGAGAGCUGUGGAAGUGGAAGUACUAGAGAUAUUGGAACACAGAGCACUUCACCACCUGAGGAGCUCAGUUCAACAGAAAGAUCAUCACCAUUGAAAAGAAGUGAAGCCGAAGGUGGAGAAGAUUCCCCUAACUGUAAGGCGACUGUUCUGAAAGCUGCAGAAAAGCCUCAAAUGGAAAAUGAGUCUUCAAAAACAGAGGUUAUAUGGAGGUGCAGUACCUACAGCAGCAACAGCAGCCAAGGUGGUUGCCUGUCAUGGAUGAGAAAAAGGCAAAGAGAGAAACACAAACCAACAAGCAAGAAAAACAUAUUCCUACGCAAGCUCGAAGGCUGCUGAUAUCGAAACCCAGAUAGGCCAGAGAACUUAGCAGUGCGUAAAGGAACUAUGAUAUUGUUGAUGAGCUAAUCAGAUGGUCUUUAUGAAACAGAGUUUCAGUUGUAUGGUGACAAUGUAGGAAGGGUUUGCGGUUCCAUAUCUUUUGUGGUUCGAUCUUGUAGCUUCAAUCAAGCUAAGCUUUGUUGUUUCCUCUGCAAAGAGUGAAAUAUGAAAAUGGGGCUGUUGCCUGUUGCCAGCUUUUGGCUUUUGCUGGUGGUGGUGUAUGGAAAUUGGAGAAGAUUCUGUUUAACAGCAACAUGGAAUUCACCAAAUAACUAGUGUGUGAUUGAGAAAACUGAAAAGGCUCCACCUCUGUCACGCAAUUUGGAGAAGAAAAAAAACAAGAAAUGCACGAGGAACAAGGAGUCAGAAGAACACAGAGAAAGGACAGAGGUAGAUGCUCUCUGUUUUUGGUGGGACUGGGAGUAUUCGUUAACUCAUUCCAUACAAAUCUCAUCUGUUCUGCUUAUGAAACCACAAGCACGCAGCUUGUCCCAUAGUUGUUGAACCACAAUUGUCUCUCCUGGUACUUCAGUAUUUUGUAGUUUCAGAUUCGUCGAAAUAACAAAAUAAAAAUAAAAUUUGGCU